UAGGAUAUCCUGGGGUUGUCUGUUUUGUCUUGGCAUAGGUUUCAGGAUUUGGCUCUCUGGCUAAGUCACGUUGUCUGUGGCCUGCCACCUCCGGGGAAAAUAGAGCCCCUCAAGUCCCCACAGUUCAGCGGACCACUUCCAAAGAGCUUCAGGGCCAGGCGCCGGCCUGGAACCCUAGCCGCAGGUGGAGGCCAUGGGGAGCAUCCCGCAGGUGGCAGCGCUCAGCCGCAGCCAGGUGGGCGUGUCAGGCCCCGCCCCGCGCUCCGGUCUUGGGGAGGGUGGGACGAACGGAAGCCCCGCCUUCCCCGCGCGCUAGUUCGGAGCCGGUGCGGGAGCGGAGGCGCGCGGAGCCGGCAGGAGCACGCGGGAGCGCGGCCCCGCAGCGGCCCGGCCCGAGGGAGCAGCAUCGUAGGAGCAGAACGGCCUGGCGACCCCCGCCGCAGCCAGGACCCCGCCCCAGCGCGACGCGGCCCCGAGAGAGGACUCUGGCCCCGGAGCGCGGCCUCGCCCUCCUCGCUCGCCCGGGUCCCUGGGCUGCGGGCAUGGACAGCGCCCGCUCGCCCUAGAUGGACGGCGAUGGCGGCCGCCGAGACGCCCCCGGAGCGCUGAUGGAAGCCGGGCGCGGCACGGGGUCGGCGGGCAUGGCGGAGCCGCGGGCGAGGGCGGCGCGGCUCGGGCCCCAGCGCUUCCUGCGGCGCAGCGUGGUGGAGUCGGACCAGGAGGAGCCGCCGGGCCUGGAGGCGGCCGAGACGCCGAGCGCGCAGCCCCCACAGCCUCUGCAGCGCAGGGUGCUUCUACUCUGCAAGACACGCCGGCUCAUCGCGGAGCGCGCCCGGGGCCGCCCCGCCGCGCCCGCGCCCGCCGCGCCCGCUGCGCCUUCCGGCUCCCUGAGUGCCCCCUCGGACCCUGGCCCGGAGCGAGCGGGCACGCAGGAGCCCAGCCCAGAUCCCACCACCGCCUCAGCCGCAGCCGCGCCGGUCCCCGACGGCAGCCCGAGGCAGGAGGAGGCGCCGGCCCCAACACAGGAGGACGCUGGAGCCACCGAGGCAAAGCCGGAGCCCGGGCGCGCACGCAAGGAUGAACCUGAAGAGGAGGAGGACGAUGAGGACGACCUCAAGGCCGUGGCCACCUCUUUGGACGGCCGCUUCCUCAAGUUCGACAUCGAGCUGGGCCGGGGCUCCUUCAAGACGGUCUACAAGGGGCUGGACACGGAGACCUGGGUGGAGGUAGCAUGGUGUGAACUGCAGGACCGGAAGCUCACCAAGCUUGAACGUCAGAGAUUCAAAGAGGAGGCGGAGAUGCUGAAAGGUCUACAGCACCCCAACAUUGUGCGCUUCUAUGACUUCUGGGAGUCCAGUGCCAAGGGCAAGCGAUGUAUCGUGCUGGUGACAGAGCUGAUGACCUCGGGGACACUGAAGACGUACCUGAAGCGGUUCAAGGUGAUGAAGCCGAAGGUACUGAGGAGCUGGUGCCGGCAGAUCCUGAAGGGCCUGCUGUUCCUGCAUACAAGGACACCCCCCAUCAUCCACCGAGACCUCAAGUGUGACAACAUCUUCAUCACUGGGCCCACCGGCUCUGUGAAGAUUGGUGACUUGGGUCUGGCCACCCUUAAAAGAGCGUCUUUUGCCAAAAGUGUGAUAGGUACCCCCGAGUUCAUGGCACCUGAAAUGUACGAGGAACAUUACGACGAGUCGGUUGAUGUCUACGCCUUCGGGAUGUGCAUGCUGGAAAUGGCUACCUCAGAGUACCCCUAUUCGGAGUGCCAGAACGCCGCCCAGAUCUAUCGCAAGGUCACCUGUGGCAUCAAGCCGGCCAGCUUCGAGAAGGUGCACGAUCCUGAGAUCAAGGAGAUCAUCGGGGAGUGCAUCUGUAAGAACAAAGAGGAGAGGUAUGAGAUUAAGGACCUGCUGAGCCAUGCCUUCUUCGCGGAAGACACGGGUGUCCGGGUGGAACUUGCAGAGGAGGACCACGGCAGGAAGUCUACCAUAGCCCUGCGGCUUUGGGUGGAAGACCCCAAGAAGCUGAAGGGCAAGCCCAAAGACAAUGGAGCCAUAGAGUUUACCUUUGACUUGGAGAAGGAGACUCCCGACGAGGUGGCCCAGGAAAUGAUCGAUUCGGGAUUUUUCCACGAGAGUGAUGUGAAGAUCGUGGCCAAGUCCAUCCGUGACCGGGUGGCACUGAUUCAGUGGCGGCGUGAGAGGAUCUGGCCUGCACUGCAGUCUCAGGAGCCAAAGGACUCGGGCAGCCCUGACAAGGCCAGGGGUCUGCCAGCACCCCUGCAGGUCCAGGUGACCUACCAUGCACAGAGUGGGCAGCCUGGACAGCCAGAACCUGAGGAGCCUGAGGCCGACCAGCAUCUCCUGCCCCCUACCUUGCCAGCUAGCGUUACCUCCUUAGCCUCCGACAGCACCUUCGACAGUGGCCAGGGCUCGACCGUGUACUCGGACUCCCAGAGCAGCCAGCAGAGCAUGGUGCUCAGUUCGCUUGCGGACACAACCCCAACCCCAGCCUCGUGCGUGUGCAGCCCCCCUGUGAGUGAGGGGCCUGGCCUGACCCACAGCCUGCCUACGCUAGGGGCCUUCCAGCAGCCGGCCACUGUGCCUGGCCUGUCUGUGGGCCCUGUGCCACCCCCUGCCCGCCCUCCACUCCUCCAGCAGCAUUUUCCAGAAUCUUCCAUGAGCUUCACCCCUGUGCUGCCACCACCCAGCACCCCUGUGCCCACGGGCCCAAGCCAGCCAGCACCCCCAGUUCAGCAGCCUCUUCCAAUGGCCCAACCACCUACCCUGCCACAGGUCCUGGCCCCACAGCCCAUGGGCACUGUCCAGCCAGUACCCUCUCAUUUGCCUCCAUACCUGGCUCCAACCUCCCAGGUCGUGGCCCCUGCUCAGCUGAAGCCUCUCCAGAUGCCACAGCCACCUCUGCAACCUCUUGCUCAAGUCCCUCCGCAGAUGCCUCAGAUGCCUGUGGUCCCCCCCAUCACCCCCUUAACAGGACUCGAUGGCCUCCCUCAGACCCUCACUGACCUGCCGGCCGCAAACGUGGCCCCCGUGCCACCACCUCAGUAUUUCUCACCUGCUGUGAUCUUGCCAAGCCUCACAACGCCCCUGCCCACAUCACCGGCCCUGCCUCUGCAGGCUGUCAAGCUGCCUCACCCCCCUGGAACACCCCUGGCUGUGCCCUGUCAGACCAUCGUGCCAAAUGCACCAGCUGCUAUCCCCCUGUUGGCCGUGGCCCCGCAGGGUGUGGCUGCACUGUCUAUCCAUCCAGCGGUGGCCCAGAUCCCAACCCAGAUCCCAGCCCAGCCUGUGUACCCAGCAGCCUUUCCACAGAUGGUACCUGGAGACAUCCCACCCUCACCCCACCACACGGUGCAGAGCUUACGGGCCACCCCUCCGCAGCUGGCCUCACCUGUGCCUCCUCAGCCUGUCCAGCCCAGUGUCGUUCAUCUACCUGAGCAGGCUGUUCCAACUGCUGCCUCAGGGACCCAGGUCCUGCUGGGCCACCCUCCUUCAUACACCGCGGACGUUGCUGCUCCAGUCUCUGCUGUGUCCCUGCCGCCUGCUGUCCUUUCCCCUCCUCUGCCAGAUACUCUGCUGCCUACUGUCCCUGAGCUCCUGCCCAAGGUCCCCAGCUCUCUGGCCCCUACAGUGGUCGCAGCUUCUCAGAGUGCGCCCGCACAGACCUCUGCACUCCUCCUGCCAACAAACCCACCUCUGCCCACUGGGCCUGCAGUUGCUAGCCCCUGCCCUGCAGUCCAGCUGAUGGUGGAAGUGGCUCAAGAGGAGCAGGUCUCACAAGACAAACCCCCUGGCCCCCCACAGAGCUCUGAGAGCUUUGGAGGUUCUGAUGUCACCUCUGGAAGAGAUCUGAGUGACAGCUGUGAAGGCACCUUUGGAGGGGGCAGGCUGGAGGGAAGGACUGCCCGGAAACACCACCGUAGGUCCACUCGUGCACGCUCACGGCAGGAGAGGGCCAGCCGGCCCCGGCUCACUAUCCUGAAUGUAUGUAACACGGGGGACAAGAUGGUGGAGUGUCAGCUGGAAACGCAUAACCAUAAGAUGGUGACCUUCAAGUUUGACCUCGAUGGGGACGCUCCGGAUGAGAUUGCCACGUACAUGGUAGAGCAUGACUUUAUCCUGCCCGCUGAGCGAGAGACCUUCAUCGAGCAGAUGAAGGAUGUCAUGGACAAGGCAGAAGACAUGCUCAGUGAGGACACGGAUGCUGACCAUGGCUCUGAUACAGGGACCAGCCCUCCACACCUGGGUACCUGUGGUCUGGCCACGGGGGAGGAGAACGGACAGUCCCAAGCCAAUGCCCCUGUCUAUCAGCAGAAUGUCUUGCACACGGGAAAGAGGUGGUUUAUCAUCUGUCCAGUGGCUGAACACCCAGCAACAGACACUUCUGAAUCAUCACCCCCACUUCCUCUAAGCUCCUUGCAGCCAGAAGCCAGCCAAGACCCAGCGCCCUAUCCAGACCAGCUGUCCUUGACGGACAAACCUAGUUUCCCAGCUGCUCAGCAGCUCCUGAGCCAGGCAGGCUCCAGCAACCCUCCUGGUGGAGCAUCAGCCCCCUUGGCCCCGUCUUCCCCUCCUGUGACUACUGUAAUCCCGGCAGCACCAGCCACCAGCACCGUGCCAGAGUCAGCAGCAGGGACUGCCAUGCAGGCAGGAGGUCCAGGGACUCAUCAAGGACCAGCCAGUGUCCAUGAGACCCUCCAGUCACUGGCCGAGACACACUCUACCCAGUGUACUGCCCAGCCCCUUAGUACUGGCCAAGGACCUUGCACCCCAGCUCUGGAAGCCUCUCGCUGCUCCACAGGUCUGGGGGAGCCCAUCUCAACCAGGGAGGUCAGCACGCAAGGAGAGCCCCUGCCUGCUUCAGUGCCAGAACCCAGCCCUCCCACUGGGGCCACACAAUCUGUACCGGGUCAGCCACCACCCCCACUGCCCAUCACAGUGGGGGCUAUCAAUCUGGCAGCUCCCCAGCUCCCCAGUCCCCCCCUGGGACCUACUGCUCCCCCACCACCCCCCUCAGCCUUGGAAUCUGAUGGGGAAGGGCCACCCCCUAGGGUGGGCUUCGUGGACAACACCAUCAAGAGUCUGGAUGAGAAACUUCGGACUCUGCUCUACCAGGAGCACGUGCCCACCUCCUCAGCCUCAGCUGGGACCCCCAUGGAGGCAAGCGAUAGAGACUUCACCCUGGAGCCCCUGCGAGGAGACCUUCCCUCAGCCUUGAGUGACAAGACCCCAAGCCUCACCCAGCAGACCCAGCCCUCAUUGGAAAAGUCCGAAACAGCCCCUGCAGGAUGGGCCCUGGCCCAGAGGGAACAGGGUGCAUCUUCUCCAAUGACAGCAGAGUCAUCUUCCAGCAACACACUGGGCUGUGACAGUGAUGCAGGGCAGGUGGCCUCGGACUCCUCCACAGCACCCAGUGUCCCCCAGGAUGCCUCUGGUUCUUCCAUCCCCACACACAUGGAUCCCAAAGAUCAGAACAGUAGUGGUCCCAGAGAAACCUUGGCAGCACCCAUGCAGAGUGGCCCAGGGUCCUUCACAGUGGGCAGCCCAGCCCAGCUGCGUGGCGCCCGGGACUCCGGGUCUCCUCAUAAGCGGCCAGGGCAGCAGGACAACAGUUCUCCGGCCAAAACUGUAGGGCGCUUUUCCGUGGUCAGCACACAGGAUGAGUGGACUCUGGCAUCACCACACAGCCUGCGGUACUCUGCCCCACCUGAUGUCUACCUGGAUGAGAUCCCCUCUAGCCCUGAGGUGAAGCUGGCAGUGCGGCGGGUACAGACAGCCUCCUCCAUCGAGGUUGGCGUUGAGGAACCUGCCUCUAGUGACUCUGGGGAUGAACGCCCAAGAAGGAGGACCCAAGUGCAGAAACAGUCCUCCCUGCCGGGUACUGGUGGUGUGGCAAGUGACUUUGUGAAGAAGGCCACUGCCUUCCUGCACAGGUCUUCAAGGGCCGGCUCGCUGGGCCCUGAGACACCCAGUAGGGCAGGUGUGAAGGUCCCUACCAUCAGCAUCACCUCCUUCCACUCCCAGUCAUCCUACAUCAGCAGUGACAAUGACUCGGAGUUUGAGGACGCAGACAUAAAGAAGGAACUGCGCAGUCUGCGGGAAAAGCACCUGAAGGAAAUCUCGGAGCUACAGAGCCAGCAGAAGCAGGAGAUCGAAGCCCUGUACCGACGCUUGGGCAAGCCACUCCCUCCCAAUGUGGGGUUCUUCCACACUGCACCUCCUAUGGGCCGCAGGAGGAAAACCAGCAAGAGCAAAUUGAAGGCUGGCAAGCUGCUGAACCCCUUGGUGCAACAGCUCAAGGUCGUGGCCUCCAGCACAGGUCAUUUGUCUGACUCCAGCAGAGGCCCUCCCACUAAGGACCCUGCCCACGCCAGCACGCCCCCGGGCACCAAGGCAGUUCAGACCCAGCAGCCCUGCUCCGUUCGGGCCUCUCUGUCCACAGACAUCUGCUCCGGUUUAGCCAGUGAUGGAGGCGGAGCGCGUGGCCAAGGCUGGACGGUUUACCACCCAACGUCUGAGAGAGGGGCCUAUAAGUCUAGUAGCAAGCCUCGUGCUCGAUUCCUCAGUGGACCCGUAUCUGUGUCCAUCUGGUCAGCCCUGAAGCGUCUCUGCCUAGGCAAAGAACACAGCAGUAGGUCUUCCACCAGCAGCCUGGCCCCAGGCCCUGAGCCAGGUCCCCAGCCCACCCUGCACGUCCAGGCGCAGGUGAACAACAGCAACAACAAGAAAGGCACCUUCACGGAUGACCUGCACAAGCUGGUGGACGAGUGGACAACGAAGACCGUGGGGGCAGCACAAGUGAAGCCCACGCUCAACCAGCUGAAGCAGACGCAGAAGCUGCACGACAUGGAGGCCUUGGGAGAUGCUCGGGCUACAUCUGUGCCUCGAGCAGCAGUGGGGACAUCGUGUCUGGCCCCGGCCCCUGGCCCUCUGUCCACCACAGCCACUCCUGGAGCCACCCCAGCCCUGCCUGUGCCCAUACCAGGUACUGUCCACUCCAACCUCUCAGGCCCUCCUUGUACACUGCCUCUGUGUCAGUAUGGAGGCCUGCUCCCUGUUCCUGUGUCCUGGGGACCCUGGGUGGCCUCAGGAAACCCAGAAGGGUCUUGGAGCAGUCAGAGCCCCACUCAGGUCCCUGUGUUCCCAGUGUUUCUACAGCCACCUGUUAUCAGCACGCCAGGCCCCCGGCUGCACAUCACGUAGCCUCCUGCCCUGCCCCUGGCCAAAUGGAACACUCUGAAGCGUGUAGAAGAACCCAGUUGUGGUUUGGCCUCCUCAUGGCUCCUCCACAUGGGCACAAGGCACAGAGCCCCAGCCCAGGGGGCAUGAGAGGGCAGCAAGACACUUCCCCUGCUGCCUCAGACCCUGUCACUCUUAGGUUCCUGCAGUCUACACAGGCAGUCCUCACACCCACGGCCUGCCCUUGUUAGAGGAUUAGAACCUUGUCAUCCCCUGCAGCAGCUCAGUGCCUUGAAUCCCAGCUUUUCUGUUUCCAUGAUGGAAAUACAUGUUUUAAAAGGCCAUUCAUCCACAAAAGCGGAUUCCAUUACAGUUGGCAUGCGUGUGGCUGUCUCCACUGUGUUAUGUUGUAGAGGUGGGAAUGGGGUACAGAUAUAAAGUCGGUAACUAGUUAGAAUGUAAAAGCCUUCUAUACAGAAACAAAGGGAACACUGACAAUGUGACCUGCAAAUGCUGGUUAGGUCCAGCUCAGUCCUUGAUAGAGCAAGGUCACCCUGGGUGUCUUCAGUAACAGAGCCACCACGAGGUUUACCUGAAGUUGUUCUCCCUGUGAGGAGUGUCACCAGCUUUGUUGAGCCAUGAGGAUCCUGCCAGGCGAAUACCCUGAUAGCCAGCAGGCUGUUGUAAGCACCAUGCAGACAAACAUGACCUUCCAGCUCAGGGGUCCCACUCACUCUCUUCCUCUUUUCCAUGGUUUUCAGAGGCCUGUGCUCUGCCCACCCCACCCUGAAAAUUCCUCUCCAGGCCAUCCUCAGGCCAGCCUACUGAGGGGCGGAGCAUUUCUGGAGGUUUCCAUGACACUUGUCCUGGGGGGGAGCGGGGAGAUGAAAACUCCCUGACCCCCUCUGGGUGAAUAUUUUCUGCCUCCAGUUGGAGGGUGGGCUGCCUGGGGUGACCCCGCUGUGAACUGUACAGAUCAGAUGUACCCAGGAGAACCAGCUAGAUUAUUUCGGUUUAAAUACACUACUCCAUCAAUUCAGUCAGAAUUGAAUUUCCAGGGGACAGCAGAGGCUUUUCCCUGGCCGCAAUGCUGCAAUAAGAGAUUUCUGUUCUCUGUGUCUUAGUCUGAACACCACACAGGCCCACUCAGUAAAGCAGAGCCUACGUCGUCUUGCUCCUCUUGUGCCCAAGUCCUUUCCUCCUGUGACAAUGCUAGUGGCAUGGGAUCCCUAAGAGUCUGUAUGUGUGAAGGAGAAAAAUAAACGUUUGCUUGAAAAUACUGUGAAAUGGCA